CAUAUAUAUAUAUAUAUAUACACAUGUGCAAGUAAUGUUUUUCUUGUGAGUGUGUGUGUGGGGGAAAAUUGUAAUAAAAUAUGAACGCAAGAAAAACGCUGGAAAUGGAAAACUAAAAGUAAAUUUCGAAACAUCAGCAAGCAGCAGUAGCAGCGCAGUGGCCGCGGCAGCGCAGAUAUGCAGCUGUAUGUGUGCGUGUGUGUGUAAAUUAUUAACAGUUAGGCUGCGCAAAUAAAAAGCAAACGGAGAAGAAAAAGAAAUUAAGCAGCAGCAAAUAAAUAAAAGUGAACAACAACAUUCAAUGUGCCAUCAUUUUCAACAACAACAACUACUACUAUAAUUAAGCAAAAGGAGCAGCUUUAAACAAAAUAUAAUAAAUAAAUACAUACAUAUAUACACAUAUAUAUUUAUAAGCGUUAUAUAUAUACAGUAUUAGCAACAACAACUGAGAGAAGAAAAAAUAAUAUUAAAAAUGUCCUGCAUAUCGAGCAAUUUUAGCUCAUUCUUUCUCAACUCCUUGAACGAUCCUUCAGAGUUUUCCAAGUACUUGAGCAAUGGCGAGCUGAAAUGCUCGAAUUUCGAAGAAUUUCAAGUGUUUGCUCAGUCAACGCAACAGCAACAACAACAGCAGCAGCAACAACAACCACAAUCACAGUAUUCAUGCACAAAUGGCAUCGGCGUCGGAGGCGCAGAGCUCGGAUUUGAGACGGCAGCGACAUUGCAGUUGCAGUCGGCGCAGCGGGAAGCUGCGGAAACGCCGGCAGUGCUAAGCACACCGUUGCCCAGCAACCGUUGGCCGACAGCGGUGGCAACGCCAAACGGACACGUGCCCGCCUCUGCCGCCGCCGCUGCCGCUGCUGCCAACGCUCAGCAUUUCGAUGGUUCCUUUGAGUUUAUCAAAUAUCUGCGUCACUCCACAGACUUUACGCCUAGCAGCGGCAGCAGCAGCGGUGUCAGUGGGAGCAAUAGCUCCGUCGGCGUCGGCGUCAACGUCAGCAGCGAUGCAGUUGACAGCGCAGCAUUGGCAGCACCGGCAGAGAAGAGCAGUAAAUUGAUUGGAGCGGGCAGGAUUGCAACACCGCCGCCAGGGGGCGCUAUCGCUGGUGGUGCUGGUGGCAAUGGUGGCUGCAGUGUGGGUUUAUUGGAUCUGGACUCGGCAAACCCAUCGCAAAAAUCACGUUCGGCUUCACGUAAAGUUGCCGCGCUGCUGUCUUCCGUAUCGCGCUCUUCCAACAGCCUGGACGCCAGCACCUCCGCCCUGGACGCCGUCUUCGAUCACGAUUCGAAGCAAACAAUCUUUGAGCUGCAACACCUGACGAGCACCUCGAACGGCUCGAAUGGCUCCAAUUCAGAAGAGUCGUCCUCCCUGGAGCUACUCGCCUUUCCCAGCUCCCAUCUGAAUGCUUCCAACUCGAAUACCUCCUCGGAGGAGCAUUGCGGCAGUGCAGCAGAAUUCGGUGGACUGUUGGGUGGAUCUGGAUGCUCGGCGGCUUCGGGCGCUGGUGGCGCGCCCAAGCUUCUGGGUAGCUUUGUGAUCAAGGAGAACUUCGAUGUGCACCCCUCGCAUAAGGUGGAGGAGGGCAUCUUCCAGCACAUGAACAAGUUGCCGUCAAAGAAGAAAGAUACCCUCAAGCAGUUGGGCGUACGAUUCACGGGCCAAAUGACAUUGACGGAUAAAUCGAUUGUGGUCGAAAAUUUCAUCAAAUUUUGCGAGGAAUACGAUAUUAAGGAUCAUCGACCCUGGUUGUCCUUAAAUCAGUGUGGCCUCAACAAACCUGAGCAAAUCAAAUUCGCACGCUAUUUGGGCCAAGGAUUGCCAACGUUUACGCUCUUCUGCAUUUAUAGCAAUUUUAAAAAUCUAUUUUGCACCAAACGCACAGAAAUCUAUACCAAGGAUGGCUACAAUCUGCCUUAUAUACUCGAUAAGACCAAGCGCUUCCUGGCCAACACAACAGCUGGCGAAAAUACCAACAACAACAACAACAACAGUAACAAGACCAACACAACAACAUCCACACAGUUGAAACAAACACACGAGCAAUGCGAAUCAGCGCCAUCAUCGCCCAUAGCAGCCCCAGCAGCACCAGCCGCAUCAACAACACCAACAACACCAAACAACAAUAACAACUCUCACGCAACAGGCAACAGCAGCACACAUUUACACACGCAGCAAGCAGCGCAGUCGCAGUCGCAGCCUCAGCCGCAGUCGCAGUCACCGUUAGUAACAGCGCCCAAUGGCACACCCCUGCCCAGGCCUGGCACGCCCACAACGCAAGUUAGCCAGCCACAUACGCAUCUAAUGCAACAACAUGCAUCGCAUCACCUGCAACAACAACAACAACAACAACAACAGCAGCAGCAGCAACAACAACAACAAUCAUCCACGCCCACGCGUGGACCACCCCUGACGGCGCAUCAUCAUCAGCAACAGCAUCCACAGCAUCUGCAUCAUGCGCCACCGCAUCCACAUCACUAUCAGCAUCCACAUUCGCAUCCACAUCCACAGCAACAUCCGCAUCCGCAUACGCAUCCGCAUCACUUUGCCUACGCACAUCCGCAUCAUCCGCAUUACAACCUGCCGCCACCACAUCCGCAUUCACAUGCACAUCCGCACCCACAUCCGCAUCCACAUCCACAUCAGCAUCAACAUCAACAUCCGCACGCUCAUAUGGCAGUGCCACACGGCUAUGGCCAACAGGUGGCGCCAACGGCGCCCCCAACAUCAGCUCAGCCACCGCCACCGCCGCCGCCACAUGCACUGCCGCCCAAUAUGUGAGACUGGCGUCGGCGUGGCGCCAAAUAUGGCGGCAAUGGCGCCACCUGUUGACAAUCAUUGGCGGUUCCAGCUACCUACAAAUAAAAAGAGGAAAUUAAUCGAAACGAAUGCCCCAGCAACUAUUAUUAGCUUUUAACUCUUCUAUUUACACCAUUCGGUUUUAUUUUAUAUUAUUAUCAUGUUGUCUCUGUCCCAUUUACAAAGUCUUCUGUUUUGCUCAUAGCAUAUGUAUUUCGUUUGUAGUCUAAUUUUACACGCUUAUUGCCAAAUUUUUUAAUAUGUAUUAUGUUAUACGACUAAAUUGUUGGACGAUAAACGCGCCCUGAACUAUGCAAUGUUAUUCCUUGAAAAGAGAUUAUUACAAUUACAAACACACAAAA